GACCUGACCAGUGCCAAACCGACCUAGCGCGGACUGUGACCUGAGACUCAGACCUCAGUCGUGUGGGGCAGACAGGGAGAGGCAGAGGUUCACCGUCGCCAACUGUGAGCGCUGUUGUGCGUGUCUCCUGCGUUCGUUUCGCCGCCCUUGCGCUUCCGAUAACGUGUGCCUUCGCCGGUCUCUCCGCCUCGGCUCCUUGAUCUGCAGCUCCUCGCUCGACGCGGCGGUGCCCCCAGUGCCACCAUCGCGGCCCUCGGCGUCAAGAGCCUGGCGGGCGCGGCCGAGUUCGGCGACCUGGCGCUCCUGGCCAACGCGGUUGCCAUGAAGGGCGAGGAGGACGGCGGCGUGGCGGCCAUGGCGCCCCUCGUUCCGCCCGAGGAGGCUCCGGCGCCGCCCAUCACGGAGGUGCCGAGCGAGGUCCCUCCGGCGGCCGCGGCCACCAACGGCACGGCCGACAAGAGCAGCGGCGGCGGCAAGCGCGGCGGCGCGCGGCGGCAGGAGAAGCCGCCCUACUCCUACAUCGCCCUCAUCGUCAUGGCCAUCCAGAGCUCGCCGCAGCGCCGCCUCACGCUCUCCGAGAUCUACCAGUUCCUGCAGCAGCGCUUUGCCUUCUUCCGCGGCUCGUACACCGGCUGGAAGAACUCGGUGCGCCACAACCUGUCGCUCAACGAGUGCUUCAUCAAGCUGCCCAAGUCCAUGGGGCGGCCGGGCAAGGGCCACUACUGGGCCAUCGACCCGACGGCGGAGCUCAUGUUCGAGGAGGGCUCCUUCCGGCGGCGCCCGCGCGGCUUCCGGCGGAAGGUGCAGGCCAUGAAGCCGUACCCGCUCUACCAGAGCACCGCGCCCUCCCUGCCCCCGCCCUACGACGUCUGCAGCUCCCAGCUGCCGCCCGCCACCCAGUACGCCCAAUACUCGUCCUACCAAGAGUACCCCGCCUACCCGCAGCCGCCCACGUCCUACGGAAGCAAUAUGUACGCGGCCUCCUGCUCGCUCACCUACAGCGGGGGCGGCGCCGUGGGCGAGUACCAGCCCGCGUCCCCCGGGGUUUAUACGAGCAUGACACCCGCCGCCCCUCUCCCGCCCAUGGGCGCCCUCCCUGAUCGAGAUAUGUGGUCAGCCCUCACGCCCAACACGACGCCCACCCUCACGCCCACAACUGGUUACGUGAAGCAGAGCAACAGCCCCACAGGUGUUCUAGGUUAUGAAAAUCUAGCCGAGCAGCUUAGAAGUGUUCAGAUCCGUUCUCCCGGUCCCCUGACACCACCGGGGAGUGAGGGCCUGAGCGGGUAUCUGGGCGUAGGGCAGGACCACGCCUCGCUCCACACGCCCGCGGUCACCAAUACCGCCCACACCGCCUACCAGACCUCCCAUCACCACCAUCAUCACCAUCACCAUGACCUGGCUGCCCUGCAUGAUGGCUACUUAGGCCCAUCAGUCAGCGAGACACCGCAGCGCUGGGUGGUCGGCGCUCGGACAGCCUUCAGCCAAGUCAAAGCAGAGCAGCGCGAGGCACAGACGCCGCAGGCCAGGCUCGAGAAUGGUAUGCGAGGAAUGACACAGCAACAGCAAUCACUGCAGCAUCCACAACAGCAGCAACAACAACAGCAACCACAGCAACAGCAACAACAGACGCACCAGAUGACGUCAUCGGUCGUGGCUCCGACAUACGAGAAGCGCUUGUGGACUCCGCCCUCUUCCAUGCCAGGGGGCGGAGCUAUCACGCCCACGCAGUCGACGAUUGGUGCGAGUUUGUGCCCGUCGCCCAAUCACCUUCUGCCGCACCACCAAGCCGCGGCCACUCCUACCCCGGCUCCGCCCAAUUAUUACGAUUCUAUCAAAUACACAAUGUAACCGAUUACGACGAAGCGUUUAGACGAACCUUUAUAUAAUAUAUUAUAUUUUAUAUUUGCAAUGUUUGCAAGUUUGUUAGCAUGUAAACAGAUCAGUGUACAUAAGAUAUUUUGCUUAUUAACCUGUAACUCGUUUGUAUUCUGUUGUCAUUACUGAGGGUGAUUUACUAUUUCAAGACUAAAUUGUAGAAGUUAAGAACUUAUAGUACA